AUGGAGAAUGCUGCGUGGAAUAUAUUGCAUAAUGCUGCUGAAGCUUACUUCAAUUUAUGCGUGCCGCUAAACAUACUACUGGGUUUUUGCGAAGAUUAUAAGCGAGUUGUGAUUAACGCUCGUCACGAAUUAAUUCUGAUACGUUUGUGCAACGACAACAAUUGCAUAUUUGGACUUGCUUCGGCUGAAGCUCAUAUCGAAUUAUUCAAGGUACAAUGGCGUAUGCCUCAUGUAAUAUUGAGCGAGAUCAAUAAACUAUCCUUGCUACGUGAUAUCGAAUUAUUCAAGAUACAAUGGCGUAUGUCUCAUGUAAUAUUGAGCGAGGUCAAUAAACUAUCCUUGCUACGCGCGUUGGAAAGCGGGCGAUACUUGAAUAUGAGUUUUCGCUCUUGGGAUCUAUACGAAUUUCCUCUAUUGCAUAAUACGACCAAGCAUUCGUGGACCGUGAAAGCUGCUUCUCAGCUGGAGAAGCCGCGAUACGUGAUCUUUGCGCUGCAGACUGGCAGAAAAAAUGCUGUGUCAAAAGAUAUUACUACAUUCGACGACUGCAAAUUGACCAACGUUAAACUCUAUCUAAACUCGGAAUUUUAUCUCUACGAUGAUUUGAAUUUAGAUUUCGAUAAAAAUAGAUUCGCCCUCUUGUUCGAUAUGUGCUCUCGUUUUCGCCAAUCUUAUUACGGAUGUGAUAAUGAUGAUUGUCUCGCCUUCGAGGGCGCGUUUUUCUCAAUCAUCUCCGUCCUAUCUUCCGUAACUCCGAAGGGCGAGAUGAGGGUACGAUUGAGCAGAUGCGUCGCGCUUUGGAUCGGAUGCGGUUAA